CUUAUAAAUAUUUAUCAAAAUACUCCCUCCGUCCUAAAACUUUCUUCCCAGAGCACUAUUCCAACUUCACGGGAAUUUAUAUUUAUUUGUGUUUUUUUCAUGGCCUAUAUGAUAAAAUAAAAUAUUCUUGUCACCACUUGUUUUGUUGAACUUUUGAUGUAGUUUUUAAAUAUGCAUGUUUUAUUUUUUAUUUCUACACCAAUAUUUAAAUAAAAUAGAUUGAAAAAACUUGGGAUUUUUUUUCGUUUUGCGCAACGAGAAGAAAGAUAUAGGACGGAGGGAGUAUUGUUUUACGUAAUUAGAAUAUUAUGUAAUUUUAUGUAUAAGAAUGGGCUUCAACUCAAGCCCAAAAGAUAUACGGAUCGACAUCGGUAUGUUAUAUGUACCCCUCUAACAAACCCUAAUUCAUUCGGAGGCCAGGGUUUCAAGCUUCGAAGUUGCAGCUCCCUUUCUUCUUCAUCCAAUCCAGCCAUCCAGCCAUGUCGAAGAGAAGGAACAGAGAGCCCAAGGAGGACAAUGUCACUCUUGGACCUGCGAUAAGGGACGGGGAGAAGGUGUUUGGUGUGGCGCACAUUUUUGCCUCCUUCAAUGAUACCUUCAUUCACGUUACGGAUUUGUCUGGAAGAGAAACCCUUGUCCGUAUCACUGGCGGUAUGAAGGUUAAAGCCGACAGAGAUGAAUCUUCUCCUUAUGCUGCUAUGCUUGCAGCACAAGAUGUUGCCCAGCGAUGCAAGGAACUUGGAAUAACUGCAUUGCAUAUCAAGCUCCGAGCUACAGGCGGGAACAAGACAAAGACACCUGGACCUGGUGCACAGGCUGCCUUGAGAGCACUUGCUCGUUCCGGCAUGAAAAUUGGACGCAUAGAGGAUGUUACUCCGAUUCCCACCGACAGCACCCGCCGAAAGAGUGGAAGAAGAGGAAGGAGGCUGUGAUUCCUAUAUUUUCUUUGUGGUUGGGAUUUUACAUAUGCCUUUGUGUUCUACUUUGAUUAUCUAGACAACAGUUGAGAAUUUCAUUGCAUGUUUUCUUAUUUUUGGAUCUGUGAAAAUGGUGAAACUUCUUUGGUUUGGCCAAAUUAUGAAGACCUAAGACUAUCUCCUUUUUGUCAUAGUAUUUCAAAGUGAUUCUUGUUGUUG